UUUUAGGAUUUUCUUGUUGGAGUGCAGUGUGAGAGAAGUACGGGUUGCUGUGGCCACCAUUCUGGAGAAGACCUUAGACAGUGCCUUGUUUUAUCAGGAUAAGUUAAAAAGCCUUCAUCAGUUACUGGAAGUACUACUUGCGCUUUUGGAUAAAGAUGUCCCAGAAAAUUGUAAAAACUGUGCUCAGUACUUUUUCCUGUUCAACACUUUUGUACAAAAGCAAGGUAUUAGGGCUGGAGAUCUUCUUCUGAGGCACUCAGCACUCCGGCACAUGAUCAGUUUCCUCCUUGGGGCCAGUCGGCAGAACAAUCAGAUACGCCGAUGGAGCUCAGCACAAGCACGAGAAUUUGGGAAUCUCCACAAUACAGUAGCAUUGCUUGUUUUGCACUCAGAUGUCUCGUCCCAAAGGAAUGUUGCUCCUGGCAUAUUUAAACAACGGCCACCCAUUAGCAUUGCUCCUUCAAGCCCUCUGCUGCCCCUCCAUGAGGAAGUAGAAGCCUUGCUGUUCUUGUCUGAAGGGAAACCUUAUCUAUUAGAGGUCAUGUUCGCUUUGCGAGAGCUGACAGGCUCGCUCCUGGCGCUCAUCGAGAUGGUGGUGUACUGCAGUUUCUGUAAUGAGCACUUUUCCUUCACAAUGCUGCAUUUCAUUAAGAACCAACUAGAAACUGCUCCACCCCACGAGUUAAAGAAUACAUUCCAACUGCUUCAUGAAAUAUUGGUCAUUGAAGAUCCCAUACAAGUGGAGCGAGUCAAAUUUGUGUUUGAGACAGAAAAUGGAUUGCUAGCUUUGAUGCACCACAGUAAUCAUGUGGACAGCAGUCGCUGCUACCAGUGUGUCAAAUUUCUUGUAACUCUUGCUCAGAAGUGUCCUGCUGCUAAAGAAUACUUUAAGGAAAAUUCACACCACUGGAGUUGGGCUGUACAAUGGCUACAGAAGAAGAUGUCAGAACAUUAUUGGACACCACAGAGUAAUGUCUCUAAUGAAACCUCAACUGGAAAAACCUUUCAGAGAACUAUCUCAGCUCAGGACACAUUAGCAUAUGCCACAGCUUUGCUGAAUGAAAAAGAGCAAUCAGGAAGCAGCAAUGGGUCGGAGAGCAGUCCUGCCAAUGAGAAUGGAGAGAGGCACUUACAACAGGGUUCAGAAUCUCCCAUGAUGAUUGGUGAGUUAAGAAGUGACCUUGAUGAUGUUGACCCUUAAAGGACUGUGCCCAGCACCUGACAAGGCUGGGUGCUCAGCACCUUAGGAAAUGAGAAUCUCAUCCUUAAAGCCCUUAGAAGAGCCUGGAGGCCAAGCUUGGAUUGCUGUGUGACUCUGGAGGGCCGUGUGUUCUGGAGGAAAGCCUUCUUUGGUCCCUAGAAGGUUGGGAGCUGUUUGGCAGCAGAACUCCAGCAUAUGGACAGCUGUUGUAGGGGCACAGUCUGUAUGUGGAUUGACACUUCUAUGGAUAUUUUAGGAAAUAAAGCUGGUAGCAGACUUCUGUUACGUGAACAUACAAGAGUGAGGGUAAAGCUGUGGCUUUCUCUAUGAUAUGACAAAAGAAAUUUCUUUUGUUAUUAUAUUUUAAGGUGAAAAAAACAAGCUGCCUUUUAGGUGUGUGGGGGCAAAUUUUUAACCUUAUUAUAGUAACAUUGAAUAGGAAUACCACUUUAAAAUGAUGUAAAGAUACAUGAUAAAAUUCCUUUUCAUUGUAAAAUAGUAGUUAAAAAAUUCAGUUUACACGGACCUUUGUAUUUAAUAUGUCUCCCUCCUCUUAUAGGAUUUCCAAUGGGUCUGAUUGAGAGCCCUGGGCAUAAGCUUGGACCUUGAUGAAAUAUUAACAGCAUCAAAAAUUGGGGCAUUAACUAAGCUCUUUAGGAUAUUUUCUUACAUGAUUAAGAUUGAAAAAAACAAUUUAAAAAUGCUGUGUUCUCCAGAAGCACAGAGUGCAUCCUUUGACAUCAAUCACUAAAGUAAUGAGUUGUUCCCAAAACAAAUUUCUUAGAGUGAAAUUAAAAGCACUUUCACAUAUAAUUUAUUGAGUUUGACUUAAUAAAAUUAUCUUUUUAAUGCUUGGAGACAUAUUGAAUAAACUGUAGUCUCAAAUCA